CGCUCAAGGAGGCACCACGCAAGAGGAGGAGGAAGGAGUGGCGCGGCGUAUCCGUCUGGAGCAGGUGCGAUCCCACUUUCGCCAGGGGGCAAUUUUCAAGCUCCGCGCAGCGGCUGCCUUUUAGGAAUGUGCUGAUUCUUCUCACCCCGAAGCGCGCAUGGAGCUCCCGGAGCCACUGUGGGUGAAUAGGAGCUGUGCCAGCGGCUCUCUGAUCACUCUGGCUUGCCUGAAUCAUCAUGCUGUUUGUGAAAUCAUUAAGAAUAUCAGUUCUCCAGUUUCACCCCAUACAAAUCUUAAUUUAAGCUCCAACUGGAUGGUACAAGUUGAAGACAAAUAUGGCUUUUACAUUGGCUUGGGCUUGGCCAUCUUUUCAAGUUUUCUCAUUGGCACCAGUGUCAUCCUCAAGAAGAAAGGACUGCGUCGACUGGUGGAGAAAGGUGGCACCAGAGCUGGAGAUGGAGGUCAUGGCUAUCUAAGAGACUGGCUGUGGUGGGCUGGUUUGCUAACCAUGGGUGGAGGAGAGGCCGCCAACUUUGCCGCAUAUGCCUUUGCAGCUGCAACAAUUGUUACACCACUCGGGGCACUUAGUGUGCUUAUAAGUGCCAUUUUGUCCUCUUAUUUGCUUGGAGAACGGCUGAACUUGCUAGGCAAACUUGGCUGCAUGCUGAGCAUUGUGGGUAGCACCAUUCUUGUGAUACAUGCUCCAGAAGAAGAGGAAAUCACCACUUUGGGAGAAUUGCUUUCAAAACUGAAGGAACCAGGUUUUCUUGUUUAUGCCAGCAUCCUCUUGGUUAUCAGCUUAGUUCUGAUUUGUUUCCUAGCACCACGUUAUGGCCAGACCAAUAUUCUCAUCUACCUCUCCAUUUGUUCUGUGAUUGGGGCUUUCUCCGUUUCUUCUGUUAAAGGGCUGGGCAUUGCCAUCAAGAGUUUUUUCACUCAUCUGCCUGUUCUACAAAACCCAUUGACCUGGAUUCUUGUCUUCACAUUAGUGGCUUCUAUUGCUACUCAGAUCAACUACCUCAAUAAAGCUCUGGACAUCUUCAAUACUUCUAUGGUGUUUCCCAUUUACUAUGUGCUCUUCACCACUGUUGUCAUCACAACUUCAGUUAUCCUCUUUAAAGAGUGGGUCACCAUGUCUGUAAUAGACAUUAUCGGGACGGUAUGUGGAUUUCUUACCAUUAUUUUAGGAGUCUUUUUACUCCAUGCUUUCAAAGAUAUGGAUGUCAGUUUGAAGAAUCUGCCACAAACGUUCCAGACUUCUAAUGAGCCGCCACCAAUUAAGGAUGACAAGAACACUUUAAUAGAGCUGGAAAAUCCAGACACCAAGGAUCAGAACAAACCCAAAGUAUUCAUGAUCUUCAGUUGAAACCUAAUUUAAUAUUUCUAUUUCUUUGAGUAAUGGGGUCAAGCAGUAUAAAAACAUGCAUGCAUCUGAAAGAAUUUAAAUGAAACAUCACCAUCUGUGCCUUUUGAAAACCGCAACUAACUUCAACGCAGCUUGCUACCUCCACAUUUCUGCAUCGUGCUUCUCCUCUUUUCAUCCUUGGCAAUGGUACUAGAUUUUGCACACUCUAGAAUCAAUAGCAGUGGUGAAUGUAUUUGUGUCAAACAUGGGCAUAUCCCCUCUGCCUUUGGAAGAAAUGUUCUACUGUCAACUGGCAUUGUUUCUUCCAGAUCUUUUUCACUCUUCCCCUAUCUUCACGAGAAAAAGCUGUAUUCAUUGAAGUGUGUGAAGAAUUUGAAGCUUCAAAAAAAAGCCUUUUAUUUUUUCCAGCUAGGAAUACCCAAGUCAUUUUUUAAAAAUAUGGUAAAAUAAAUAGCUGCGUUUCCCUCCAGGUAGUAAUGUUGCCCAAGACAUUCAGAAUUUCAGUCAUGUCCUUAUUCUUAAAUGGUGCAGUCUCAAAAAAUUGCCCUACAACAUUUCUCUUGGAUAUUGGAUUUUAAUAUAUUUUGGUGCUUUUCCUAUUUUAAUUAAUUUUACUGAUACUAUUAGAUGUUCAGAUACAGCAGCAGUUAUCUUUCAUUUUCCACAAAUAUGAAUUAUAAUUUAAUUGUGAUAAUGCUUUGUUCUUGUCCCCAUACAAAACUAUAUUUUGUAGAUAUUUUGGAGGAAUGGGGUAAUUUCUAUAAUUUAGAACUCAGUUAUGAUCACAGAAAGUGUAAACUGGGAUCAAAACUGUCAAAAGUUAAUUAAGAUUUAAUUAAGUGAAUGAGUUAGAGGCUUAACUGCCUAUGAUAAUUAUCACUAGCCACCCAAUUAAUGCUAUUUUACUGGUUAAUGAAAGUCUUUUUAGUCUGGAUGACCAAGAUGUUCCAAUCUAAAGUGUUACAAUUGUCUGUGCUUGUGAAGAUUCGCAAGACUGGCUUGAGAUAACUAUUUAUUUGUUGUAUCAAGUGCAAAAUUAACAAACUUAAUUUUGUUAAGUUUGAAGGUAUACUUCAUUGCAAAAAGCUUCUGGAUAAAUAUUUCAGGCUGUUUUGAGUCUUGCCUCUGUGCUUCUAAAUUAAUGAGCCUAUUUUGAUUAUUGUAAAGUCAGAAAAGUAGACAAAGCAAGCUCAUAUAUAGUUCCAAUAAAGGAGAAUAUUUAUAGCAGAGUUGAAAUGAGGGUCCUUGGUGCUCUCUGAGCUUGCUUGUUUUUUUGCAGACAUUUAAUUACCCAAACUAGGUAACGUCAUCAAUGCUACUGAUGAUGUUACCUAGUUAGGGUAAUGAAACAUCUGCAAGAAAUCAAGCAAGCUCAGAAAGCACCAAGGACCCCACAUAUAUAGUUCUUUGUACUUUGCUAUUGGUCAACAGCAGAACAUAGUUCUCAUUUAUUAAAAAAGGACUAUUUUAUAAUGCAAUAGAUACAACUGCAGGGAUCACAAGAGCACAUGUAAUUUUUAAGAGGAAUACCAUAAUAAGGUUUAUUGGAGAUCCGUCUAUGUAUAUAGUUCAUGGGAUGGUUGUAUGAAAGUGCUAAACCAAAAGUGUUCUCUGUACAAUUUUUUGUAAAGUUGUAUAUUUUUUUGUAACAGCGUAGCACAAAGAUGCCUUGCAAUGGCAUUCUGUUUCCUGGAUCCUGGAUUUGAAAGGGUGGCUUUGGGCCAGUUACUCUCUUAGUCCAACUCACUUCAGAUAGCUGUGGGCAAAAUAGGAGGAGGAAGGAGUGCAGGUAGUCCUGAACUUACAACCAUUUGCUUAGUGACCAGAGUUACAACGGCACUGAAAAAAGUGAGCUAUGAUCAUUUUUCACACUUACGACUGUUGCAGCAUCCCCAUGGUCAUAUGAUCAUCUUUGGCGAUCUUCUGAUAACCAGAGUUUGGCUGUACACCGCCCUGAGUCCUUCGGGAGAAGGGCGGUAUAAAAAUUUAAAUAAAUAAAUAAAUAAAUAAGUCAAUAGGGAAGAUUGAUUUAACAACUAUUACUAACUUAAUAACUGCAAUGAUUCACUUAACAAUUGUGACAAGAAAGAUCAUAAAAUAGGGCAACUCACUUAAAAACUGUCUUGCUCGGCAGUGGAAAUUUCGAGCUCAAUUGUGAUAAAUCAAGGACUUCCUGUAUUAGGUAUGUUCAUCAUCUUAAUUAUAAAAAUAAUAAAAAUGGGGUAAAAAAUCUGACCCCUCCCAAAUUUCCCCUAUUUGCAGCUUCGCUUCAUAUAAGUAGUCAUUUUCUUCUAUACAUUUCCUACUUUAUUUCCUUUGCUACUUUAUUUCCAAUGCAAAAUGUUGUUUCUUGGUUUUUGAACCUGUAGAUUGAUGGGUAGAUUGGUGAAUAGAUAGGUAAAUAAUUGUAUACUGUAAAAAAUAAUAAAAUUUUCAAAAUUAAGGUUCUACAUUGACUUUGGGGAUGGAAAAUGAUAUAUUUGAAGCUUUCUGGAUGGUUAGAUGUAAUGAUCUGGUACUAAGGGCUGUUGUGUUCAUCUGGCAUCAGAAAACAACUUUUUGUAUCUAUUCCUUAUGCUAAGCCAUAAUGUAGGUUUUGUUUAGCAUGUAUAAACCCAGCCACUCUGCUUUGGUUUUCAUUAUAGUGAAGGUUUGUUUCACAGGUACUACAUUUUCCAAAACUACAAAAAAAAUAAAACCAUGUCAAGCAAAUCUUUUAAAACUUUGGAGAUCUUCGUUGCCAAUGAAUGUAUUUUACAAUUAGAUAAUUGUAUAAUCGAGUUUUGCAAAUGGCUUUAUAAAUGACUGAAAUUUGUUCUUGUUUGAUUCAUAAGACUUUUAGCACAAUUCA